AUGGAAAGCACAGGGAAAACAAAUAAAAAGGAUAUCCAAGAUGUGCCACAAAGGGAAGCCAAACUGCCCCUCAGUGAAGCGCUUCUAGACUACCACUGUCAAAUAAAGGAAAAUGCAGUAGAAAGACUCAUGUUUCAAAUAAAGAAGCUUAGGGAAAAGAACCAGAAGUAUCAUGAAAGGAAUGGGCGCUUAAAGGAGGAACAGAACUGGCACAUAAAGAACCUACUAAAGGAACUGAGUGAGGAUAAGUCAGAUGGAUUACCAGUUGUAACGAGAGAGGAUGUUGAAGAAGCAAUGAAAGAAAAAUGGAAGUUUGAAAGAGACCAGGAAAAAAACUUGAGAGAUAUGCGCACACAAAUAGGUAAUGCUGAGAAACUGUUUCUCGAGAAACUCAGUGAAAAGGAAUAUUGGGAAGAGUACAAGAAUGUAGGGAGUGAACAACAUGCUAAACUCAUUACAUCCUUGCAAAAUGACAUCAAUACAGUUAAAGAGAAUGCAGAGAAAAUGUCAGAACAGUAUAAAAUUACUCUGGAAGAUACUAGAAAGAAAAUAAUCAGAGAAACUUUGGUGCUACUGGACCAAAAGAAGGAAUGGGCUGCGCAGAAUGCUGUAAAGUUAAUUGAUAAAAACAGUUAUCGAGAGAUCUGGGAGAAUGACUGGCUGAAAAAAGAGAUUGCAAUUCACAGGAAGGAAGUUGAAGAAUUAGAAAAUAUUAUUCAAGAACUGGAAGAAGAAAAUUUGGUGCUUAUUGAUCAACUGUUCAACUGUAGACUUGUGGAUCUUAAAAUACCCAGGCGACUGUAUCUUACUCAAGCAACUGGGCAGGAAUUGCCACCUGAAGAAAAGUCUUUGGAAUUUGCAGAACCAUUUAUAGAAGAAAAGACAAAAAAGCAACCCACAGAAAGUAGAGACAUGUUGAGCUCAUCAUUUGGGAGUAGUCUUCUCCAUCUCAGUCAUGAAGAUGGUAUCAGAGAUGACCAGCAUCUAAAGAUAAGGGAAGAGGACACCUUAUGCACAGAGUUUGGAGAUUCUCAUGUGAAAUAUUUACUAUAUGAAGAUGAGCGGGAUUUCAAGGAUUUUGUAAACUUGGGCCCACUGUCCGUGAAGCUCAUGAGUGUGGAGAGCAAGAAAAUGUCUAUUCAUUUUCAAGAAAAGGAGAGUCCAGUCAAAUUCUUUGAAGAUGUCAGUUACCCAGAAAGCCGCAUCACUUAUAAGAUGAUGAAGUCUUUUCUCUAA